AUGGUAUCUCGGGGUCCUUUUUAUCAGCGCCCACUACCCGUAAUCCUUCUGAGAUUUCUCUGCCUUCUUCCAACAGGACUGCCGGUUAGAAGCGUGGACUUCUCCAGGGGGACGGACAACAUCACCAUCAGGCAGGGAGACACGGCUAUCCUCAGGUGCUAUGUUGAUGACAGGAUCUCAAAGGUUGCUUGGCUGAACCGAUCCAAUAUCAUUUUUGCUGGAAAUGACAAAUGGUCCCUGGACCCUCGAGUCACUCUAUUGACCAGCGCUCACUUAGAGUAUAGCCUUCAGAUUCAGCAGGUGGAUGUAUCUGAUGAAGGUCCUUACACAUGCUCAGUACAGACCCAGCAUCACCCUAAGACCUAUCAAGUGCAUUUGAUAGUACAAGUUCCACCAAAGAUCUACAACAUCUCGUCUAACAUCACAGUCAACGAAGGUAGCAACGUGACUCUUGUGUGCUUGGCUAAUGGAAGACCAGAACCAGUCAUAAAUUGGAGACAUAUUUCCCCUUCGGCCAGGGAGAUUGAAGAGGAAGAGGAAUACCUGGAAAUCUUCAUGAUCAGUAGGUACCAAGCAGGCAGCUACCAGUGCAAAGCUGCCAAUGAGGUUUCCUCGGCUGAUGAGAAAGAAGUCCACAUCACUGUUAACUAUGCUCCCACUAUUAAGUAUGCUCAGAGUGCAGAUGUUGCAGUGGGCCGUACUGGGAUGCUGCACUGUGAGGUUUCGGCUGUCCCACCAGCAGAUUUCGAGUGGUAUAAGGAAGAUAAGCGGCUAUAUAACAGCUCACAAGGCAUCCAGAUCCAGAACUUGGACAGUCGGUCUAGACUCAUUGUCACUAAUGCCACGGAGGACCACUAUGGCAACUACACGUGCGUGGCAGGCAACAAGCUUGGGAUCACCAAUGCAAGCAUAUUUCUAUACAGGCCAGGUUCCAUGCGAGACUCAGGCACCGGAUUAGCGGGCGUCACCAUAUCACUGUGGCUGCUAGCAGCAACUCUAGUCUGUCUAAUUUACAAAUGUUAA